CAUCGCCAGUAUUCUGUUGCGUCUCCGCUAAGAAAGGUGUGCGCUCAGUUGUACUCCGGAUGCUCGCGUACACUACCCCGAACGCUCAUUGACGCCUCAUUGUCCGCUGCGGGUCGGCCAGGCUCGAACGCCGAAACUCUUUCGCGAUCGGAGUUUGCAAGAUGUUCGGGGAUUCGCCACUUUUCGCGCAGACUGAAAAGAAAUGGGUGGCAUCUCUCCGACUGAGAACCAAAUAACACUGAGAAUUCAUCGCUGGAAAACGAAGUGAGGAGAAAAAUAGCCGCGGGCAAUCCCUCGUGCGCUGGAAGAGACCAAUGAACGCUUCGUAAAAGUUCCAGUUUUCCUUUGCGAUCGUAGUCCGCUCUUUGACCAUAUGGAAACAUUGCCUCUUUGGACUCGCAUGUGUUUUGAAUUUGUUUCCACACCUCGUAAUGAAAUACUUUCUUUCGUUUUUGAUAUUUGCAAACUUAGGUAGUGCGUUUCCUUACAGUGUUAGCAACGGUGGAGAGUUUGUAAUUUGCUUUAGUCCUGGAAAAAAGGGACACUUGUUUCACGUGCUAUUAGAAAAUAGUAGCUGAAUAACUCCUUCCUCUGCAUUGAAAAAACAAAGGUUUCAUCUGUCUUUGGGCAAAGAUUUUCUAAAAAAAAAAAAAAAAAUAGAUAACAAAGAAGUAAGCAAGAAAACGCGAUAUAAAAAACAAAUAGAAAAGAAUUUGGCAAAGUGAGGAUGGGUACCCAAGUAAGCAAGCAUUAGAAUAAGUCAAUGACGGCAAAGUUUCAUUAAUGCCCAAAUGAGCAGUUUCUUACUAUAUAAUAUAUACGACCGAAAUUCUCGAGGCAAAUAAACAUUUACUUUGACUUGCGCAAAUGAUGUUUUUCUCUCAACAUCGCAUGAAAAACUAAUGAAGACUGACUCAUGUGCAGUGUGAAAGAAUUAGAAGCCGAGAGCGCGAGUGACAUUCAAAACAGGCGGCUUCAUCAAUGACUUUGACCUUUGGGGAGACACCAAAUCCUCUGCUUCAAAAAGAUCUGCUUUUGGUAUGGAACGGGAGAGGCGACUUCGCUUCCAAAGAGAGAAAUGAGACUAAGAUGUUGAAGUGACGCGACUUUGGUUCCAGGAAGACUGCAAUUGAUACUCUUCGAAUUCCGUUCGUAUCUGUUCAUUUACACUCGAAUUUUCGUCAGUUCAGUCAAAAGACUGAAUGUUAGUAAGCUUGACAUUUCUAUUUAGCUGACACCAGAAAAACCUACCACUCACUAUUUUUCAGAUUAUCUUGUCUAAAACGUUAACAAGACACACUCCAUUUCAUUUUCGACUUACACUUACUAUUUGAGAUAUACUAGAAUGUACUCGAUAAAACCUUGCUAGAUGAAUCACGUCCUUUCUACGCAGUUAACUCAAUUUCUGUACUUGAAGCUUGAACUGAUAAACAUUAUGAAUGAACAAAUCACAGAGCAGUUUUCAUAGAAACAAAAAAUGGUGUCAGAGAGACGGACUGAAUGUUCCUUGGCACCGACACAGCAGUGAUCCCUGACGCCGUCCUGAAUCCAAAAGCGAAAGGCACCGCAGACAACCACAAUGAAGAAGAAAGAAACGGAAAAGGUAGAAGCACAAGAAAAGUGGGACCAAGGCUUCACAAUCAUCUACGGAAUGUGUGUGAAUAGUGCGUGACCGACGAAAUUGCAAUCUGUUUUUUUUUUUUUUAAAUCGAAGACGUCAUCGUUUGGCUGGAUCACUCUCUGAUGUAACACCUGUAAACGAAAAGUCCGCCUGGGAUGAUGCUUAUAACCCUCAUUGUUCUAGUCGCCUAUGGCCUGUCAGGUUACAAUGGGUACUGCUUGAGUAUUGGAAGUUUGAAAAAUGAGGACGGGUCAGGUCACUCGCAAAGCCAUAGCUUAAGUCUGGGCAAAUUUCACCAGCCAUCAUUUCGCAGCUUCCAAGAAUCUGGUCGAGAGGGAGGAAGACGAGGUGGAGGAGGAAGCAGAAGAGGGUCGGAAAGGGGAGGAGGAGGCCGAAAGCACCUCCACCUCUAUGGGGUGGAGGUGCCUGUUUACAAAUUCCGGGGUGAGGACGCCCAGCUGGAAUGCAAGUAUGAUCCAGGAGAGGAACCUCUCUACUCUGUCAAGUGGUACAAAGACGACAACGAGUUCUACACGUACCUCUUCAGGAAAGCGAGCCCAAAGAAGACAUAUCCAAUUCCUGGGGUCAUUGUAGACGUUCAACGUUCGAACGAGCGCCGAGUUCUCCUGAAGGAGCUGACCUUCAACUCUACGGGGAUAUACAAAUGCGAGGUGUCAGCGGACUCUCCUCACUUUCGGACUUACGAUAACCAGAGUAUUAUGGUGGUCGUUGAGUUGCCGGAGCGAGGACCCACCAUCAGUGGGGGAAGGAGCCAUUACCGGGUGGGCGAGACGGCCUCCCUCAACUGCACCUCCUCCAGGAGCAAGCCUGCCGCAACCCUCACCUGGCUCAUCAACGAAAAUCCCGUAAAAUCAUCACAACUAGUGAACUAUUAUCCGUGGGUUCACGAAGACGGUUUGGAGAGCAGAAGGCUAGGACUCUCGUUUACGAUCGACAAGUCUCACUUUCUGAAGGGCCAGCUGACACUGAAGUGUCAGGCGACGGUAGCGGCCAUUUACAGCGCUGUGGAGGAGGAGGACGCGACGGUGUCGGAUGGCGAACCUUACAUACUCGAGAAGAGAGAGCAGAGGUUCUAUGUUCUCAGUGGAUCAUCUCAGAUCAGCAAACCGGAAUUCAAUCUUCCCCUUCUGCUCCUGGUGUCACUACACCAGGCCAUCACAUGAUGCUAAUCAUCAUAGCCGGCCUGGAUGGCUUUUUAUUCGAGAAUAUAUUAGAAUCAGUGAAAAAAAAAAAGUAAUGUGGCUUCAACGUGGCUUAGUUGUUUAUGUAACAGGCUUUGCAUUCUUCGUUUAGUGUCCAUGUGAAUUCUGAAGAUACAACGUCGCAAAUCUUUAUGUAAAUAGCCUAUUCUUCGAUGUUGUCGCUAUAUCGUUCCUGAGAGGUAUUAGGUUAUCUGAUAUUAUUGUCCAUGACAAUGUUCAUUAUUUGCGAUGCCAAUCGCCUCUAUGAGAGGACUGCAGUCGUUUGAUCGUAACAACAAAAAUA